AUGGACGACCGUGCAAACAUGUGCAGCACGAGCAUGAUGGCGGCAUCCCUUGUGGCGCCUCAAACAGCGACUUUUGGGAUUAAAUCUGAGGCGCCUCAAGAAGCGACUUUUGUGGUGCCUGGAAAGGCGAAAUCUGAGGCUCCUCAAGAGACGACUCCUAAUUCGUUUCAAUCCAUGGAUGACAGCGCAAGUGAGUGCAGCACAGUUAUGACAGCGGCGACCAUCGACCCAGUGGCGUACUGGCAGCAGCACGCCGCCGUGCGUCUCACGCAGCAGCACUGGGCGAAUGAGACCGAUGACACUGACUCCGCUGAGUCCUGCCGCAACAAGGGCUGCGGCUCGUGGGGCGCCUCGGGCACCACUGCGCACGGUGCUGCGCACGGUGCUGCGUGCGGCGCCGCAUACGCGGGGUGGGGUGGGGUGGCGCCAACAGCACCAACAACGCACGGCAACAGCACGGGUUGGGGUUCCCCCGCCGCACCCACCGUCAUGCCAGGAUCGGAAGAUACAGCGACACGGUUGGCGCUGGCCGCACCUAAAGCAGCAGCAGCAACGAGAGCUCCUUCCCCUGUGUCCUGGGAAGAUGUUCAUGCUAACAUGCGGCCGACCCGUGUUGCGGGCCAGUUGCCGAACCAACCUCAAGCUUGGAGCACAGCUACUAACGAGGACGUGAGUGUAGUGAGCACUGCCUGGUCGGACGCCAAGUCGGACCUCAGCAACCAAUGGGGCGACAGCGCCUUCUGGCAGAGAAGCAGCAGUAGGAGCAACGCCAGCAAAAGUGGCGCCAACAAUGCGGCAGGGGGGCGUGAGGUUGCGGAGUGGGAGGAUGCCGCGGCCAGGAGCAGCAGAGGCUCAGGUUGGACCUCUGGCAAGUAUGUGCCACCCAGCAAGCCGGUUGGUGGGAGGGGCCAGGGUGAUGCGCUAGGUGGGGGGACGAGGGGAGGGGCGGAGCGGAGCGCUGAGGCUGGGGCUUACACGUGGGAGAGCAGUGGUGGGCGCAUGAGCGCUGCUGGUGGUGAUGGUGGUGGGACCACGUGGGAGAGAAGCCAAGGUGGCAGGAGCGCUAUUGGUGGUGGUGGUGGUGGUAAGACCACGUGGGAAAGAAGCAUAGGUGGCACGAGCGCUGCUGGUGGUGGUGGGACCACGUGCAGGAGGAGCAACGGUAUGAGCGCAGGCAGUGCUGGUGGUGCUGGUGUUGGUGCAUCCACUUGGGAGAGCAGCAGCGGUGGCUUCAGCCCUGCUGCUGGUGAUUCUUUUGGUGCUACUGUUGCUGCUGGUGGCACUGGUAGUGCUGAUAGUUGGAGAGUAGGCGCAACAAACGGAGGGUUGGGCAAGAGGGGGCGGCGCCGACUCCCCAACAGCAUAGGGACGAAUGAGCUGGAGUGGCGGAGUAAGGAGAGCGACUCUCCAACUCAUUCAAACACGUCCUCGCAGUCAGCAACAGCAGCGAACGAGAGAGCACAGGGUGCGGGAAGGGGUCCUUUGGGAACUGACAGGGGUGGAGGAUGGGGGAUGGACAUGGGCGAAGCCACCGGCGCUUUUGUUCAUGGUGAGUUUGAGUCUCUGCCACGUGGGGGACAAGGGUUGCUUGGAGGCGAUGCGGGCGAUGCAAUUGGUGGCUGGCGCUUGGGAAAAGAUAUGGGGGGGAGUGCAAGGGGGAGCUUGGGAAAAGUUGUGGGAAAAGACAUGGGGGGUGUGGCGGCAGGGGGGGGCCUCAAUGUGGUCGCAGUCAAGCUACGACCCACUAUCGGAGCUGCACUCUAUGUGAGCAAUGCUGGCGCGGUUGAACGGGCCCGUGCCGCUGUUGCCCUUGCCCUUGUGGGGGUUAGAGGAGCUGCUGGUGGUGGGUUUAGCACCUGUGGCCAUCGAGGCAUCAGUGCGCUGGUCUUUGAUGCCACUCCGGACGGAUUUCAGGAGGCGCAGCGCCUGACGCUGCAGUUUGAGCGCGAGGGGCGCGGGCGGUUGGGGUUUGCACGAAAGUUGGUGCCUCUGGUGGAUCAGUCAGGAAAGAAGAACCUGUUUGGAUACUUUGCGACCCAGCAGGAUGUCACUGACUUUAACCGUUUCGGCAAAGGCAAGGGGCCGCUGAAGGUGGACGUGAAGCGGCGGUGGGAGGUGGUGGACGAGCCGCUGCAACGCAUGAAGCAGCAGGCGGCACACGCGGAGCUGUACAAAUCCCAAGUCGUUGAGAUGUCGCACAAAAUGGUGAAGCUGCGAAUCAAAUCGUCGCAGCUGCAGGAGAGCAGGCAGCAGCUGGAGUCAGCACUGGAGGCAGAGAAGCAGCAGCGCCUGCAGCUGGAGGGCCAGGUGGUGAGCACGGAGCAGCUGAUGCACAUCAAGGAAGCCGAGAUGCAGGCCAUAGUGGCGCGCAACAAGCAGCUGGCAGCGCAGCACGAGGAGGAGGUAGCGAGCUUGGAGGAGGCAUUUGCACGGAAUGCGGAGGAGGCGAAGAGGAGGUGCAGGGCAGGGGUGGCGCAGCUGAAGGAGCAGCAGCAGCAGGAAGUAAGGUUGCUGCCGUGUCGGGGGGGCGUCAAGCAGGCUGGGUUGGAAAGUGAGUCAAUGGAUGAGCCAGUGAGGCUUGUGGACGUGUGUGAAGGUCCGCAGGAAGAGAGUGGGGCGGCUUUGGAUCGGGUUGAGUGCUGCGGCAUGGUGAAGGUGGGCAGGCGUGUGGGGGGUGGGGGAGGGGACGGGGAUGGGAGUGAGGUGGGGAGAGGGGAGGGGGUUGAGAGUGAGGUGGUGGGAAAAGAGAGGGCUGGGAGUGAGGUGGUGGGAGGAGAGUGGUCCGGGAGUGAUACUGGGAGAAGGGAGAAGGUAGGGACUGAAUUUGGGAGGUGGAAGGUAAGGAGUGUGGUUGAGGGAGGGGAGGAGGCAAGGAGCAUUGAGGAGGAAGGAGUGGUGGUUGGAGGGGAGGGGGGGAAGCAAGCAGAGGGUGUGAGGGAGGAGGACAUGAGGAAGAUCGAGAAACAGGUGUUAAGCGUGUGUGGGGAGCAGGGAGAGAAGGAAUUGUGUGGAGCAGUGUGA